AUUGGGUUUUGAGCGCCCCAUUGGGAGUUGCUCAGAGAUGGCAACACAAAACGAUACCUGGCUCCCCCAGUCCCCUCCCCUGUGGUUUUCUGGACCUAAACUGAUCUCCAACUAAUAUAUAUGUAUGCUAGAUAUACGAGUGUGUCAGUAAAGACCGUUGUUUUGGAGCUUAUAGUGUACCCAAAACUCUCUUAGACCAAUGGCGGCAGAUCUGUGUGUGUGUAACCCCUUCUCCUCGACCUCCAGAUAGUCUCUGUUAAAUGUUCAUCAGGUGAUUGCAAUAAGUUUGCUUCCUUAAUCUUGGAACAUGGAUGAUAGGAAGAUGGGGUGUAUGUCUGGAUUUCUUCAGCUUUUUGAACGCCAUCACAUUUUAGCCAGCAAAAGGCUGUAUACCACUAAGCGUCUUCCUCCUUUCACGGAGGUUAAUGACACGUUAGAGCCGAAAAACAUAGCUGUGUCCCAGGAAAUUGCAAAAGAACGGGUGAAAGGGCAUCCAGCAAAAGUUGUGGCUGCACCUAGUCCAGAACGAUUAAAAGAGUGUGCUUUUGUUCCAACCAAGACGCCACCAAAAUCUCCACUUCCUCUUCCGAUUUUUGAAGUGAAAGAUGGGGGGGCAAGGUCUUCUUGGAAGAUCCGGAAAGAAGCUCCAAGGCUCUCGCUUGACAGCCGAGCCACAGUUGAUGCUAAGGGAAGCCUUCACCCGAAGGAGAUCCAAAUCAAUGCUUCAAGUAUAUCGGCAAACCAUUGUGAAAAUGCCAAAGAUGGAGUUCUAGCUGAUAACGAGAAACAGCAUCGAUGUCCCAGUGUCAUUGCAAAGCUGAUGGGACUCGAGGCUUUGCCACAAUCAAGUUCAGAGACUACACAGAAAGCUGAGCUGCGAAGGUCUGCAUCCGAGUCGAGAGUUUCAAGAGACUUGUUUCACUCUCACUUCAUCGAGGGCAAUCGCUUCGAGUUCAAUGAACCAAAUUAUUUGCAUCCUAACAUACCAAACUGUGGGAUGGCAGAGAAUGCAGAAAUCGAUUUUGAAAGGUCUAUGUUGAAUGCCAGGCACAGAGGUCAAGUGGGGUCUGGAUUAGGAAUCGAGAAAUCCGAAAGGCCAAAGGGUUCGAGUAGAGGUUUGAGCUCAACAUCAUGGAAGCCACCACAACAUCGUAAAAGCUUCUUUGAUACAGCUGAAAUUUUCCCAGAGCCUAAACAGACAGUCCCACUCCACGGAGAGAUUGACAAGAGAUUGAGGAUCAGAGGACUCGAUGAACCUUCUAAAGAUCUGGAGACGUUGAAGCAAAUUCUAGAGGCUUUGCAACUAAAAGGGCUCCUGCAUACCAAGAGGCCUUCGGAGCAAUUAAACCGCCUUAAUGUCAUAUAUGAUCCAAGUUUCUCAUUUGACGAGUCUCAGAUAGUAGUGAUGAAACCUUCCAGAUCCACUUCACCAAUCAAUAGAAAAUAUAGGAAUGAAAGCCAGAUUGGUGUUAGCCAGAAGAGCAACCACUCUAAUGAAAGCCUGCCAUCGGUAAGCCCAUAUUGGGAGCGGUCUACUGAUCGGAAUGCUCACAGUCCUUUAAGAACUACAGGUUCCACAUCGCCAAACCGAAGAGAUGGCUGCGUGAGGCAUUCAAAUCCUGUGAUGCAAUCUAAGACACUAAAUGUUGACCCCCAGAGAAGAGCAAGUGAGUCAAUUGAGUGUCAAAAACCCUCUCCAUUACAGUCACCUAAAGUUAUCUCCAGAAGGAAUAGUUCGGAGCAAAACUUCACAAAACGAUCAUGGAACAAAAAAUCACAGGCACACGUUCAUCAGAAGGAGAAAAUCACAAACUUCGUUGCAGAUGAUGAUCAAUCAUCAUCUUCCAUUUCUGAAAGCAGCCUUACUAUGUCAUUUCCGACCAAAGGAGAGGGAUCAAACACAGAGGAGUACAAUGAAGGAAGGAACCUUUUGGAGAGGUGUGACAAGUUGAUUCAUAGUAUUGCAGAGAUGACAGCCACAGAUAUGCAACCAAGCCCAGUAUCAGUUCUGGACUCGUCUUUCUACAGGGAAGACUCGCCAUCGCCUUCUCCUAUAAGGAAGCGAAGCAUUGAAUUCUUAGGUGAUUUUGACAAUGAGAUACCAAGGGCUGAAAUUUCACCGGUCCAAGCAAAGUCCAAGGAUACAACAGUAGACUGUGAUAUUAGUUAUAUCACAGACAUUCUUAGGGCUUCUCAUUACCUUCCCGAAGAAUCUGACACUUUCCUACUGUUGGAGAAGCAACAAUUUCUCAAAGGAAAAGACACGUCAGAAGAUUCUAGACUGCAAAGGAAGCUGAUCUUUGACACCAUCACUGAAAUUCUGGAUAGGAACAGGCAACUGCCUCCAUGGAAACGAUAUUCGUGCUUAAAUUCUAUUACUGCACAGUCAUCGGUGCAAAUAAUCUUGUCAGAAUUCCUAAGGAUCCAAGAACGGGAAAAUUCUGAUGACUUGUUUGAGAUCAUUUGCAAUGCUCUCAAAAAAGAUCUGGCACACGAUGACGUAAAUGGUUGGGGAGAUUGUCCAAUAGAGAUGUCGGAGACAGUGUUGGACAUGGAAAGGCUUAUAUACAAGGACUUAAUGGGAGAAACAAUCCGUGAACUUGCAUCAUUUGUGCGUAGGAAGUUAGUGUUUUGAGAGCAAACUAAGCGUAGAAACUGAUGCUUCUUCCAUUUGUGCGUCUUUUCAUUCUUUGCCACAUUUGUUUUUAGCUUCUGUUGGCGAACUCUGAGUUGAAGCUAGCUGACACCGAUUUAUGAAUGCUUUCUUUGGCUUUUGUUCCCUCCCACAUUUGCUUUGCCAAGUUUGUUUUAGUUUUCUGUUUGUUUUUAACUGGCUAGAAAGUUCUAAUAGCUGAUAGUUUGCUUGCAAAGUUGUAAAAUGGUGAAGACUUGUAUUGAAGAUGUUGAUUUUAUUAGGGCUUGCAUUGUU